AAUCAGAUUGGUCAGUAAUCUAGAUAUCCAAUGGGCAAGAGAUGGGUUACGGAGAUGAGCCCUGAAGAAGCAUGUACAUUCAAGCUCCGACGCCUCAACGGCAGACCAAAGACGCCGCUGCACGAUCUCCCGGAGGAUGUAAUACAAAACAUAAUAUCGCGCUUGACUCUGAAGGAGGCUACGCGGAUUAGCACGCUGUCAAGUGAGUGGAAACAAAUCUGGAGAUACCACCCAGAUCUAAUCUUCAGUCUUGUCAAAUUGUUUGAUGGCAAGGAUAAGGGGGACCAAGAAUUUGUCAAUUGUGUUAAUUAUAUCCUGAAGCAUCACUAUUGCACUGCCGUGCACAACUUUAAGGUGAAUUAUGGACUCUCUGAAGAACACGGUGAUGAUCUUGAUGGAUGGCUCAGUUAUGCUCUUCUUUCGAAGGCAAGGAAUGUUGUUCUUGAUCUACGCCCUGCACCAAAAUGCCCCAAUGACGUCUACAAUUUCCCUCUGCAUCUUUUUGAUGAUCAAAACAGCUCCUCUGUCCAGUCCCUCCGACUUGCCCUAGUGUGCCUAAGGCCAAUUCCCAACUUUGGUGGCUUUGCGAACCUUCGAUCGCUCAAAUUGCAUAGAGUUUAUGUAUCAAAGGGCCUCCACCGCAUGCUCUCACACUGUACUGUUCUUGAGUGUUUAAGCCUGACAGACUGUUUCAUAACUUCCUUCACUAUGUCUGAGCCACUAGACCACCUGCAGUAUGUUUGUAUUCAGAAUUGCAGCCUACAAAGCAUGGAACUGCAUGCACCAAAUCUCACAGUAUUUGAGUAUUCAGAGCAGGAGAUACCGGUUGUGCUUGACAAAUCUCACAAACUGACAAAAGCAAAUAUCGAAGUUUUAUCAGAUUCUGACGAUCUAGACUAUGCGUUUAGUCAUCUUGUUAGUGCUAUGCCCAAUGUGGAGGAGAUCUCUCUUAGACUCCAUAUUGAAACUGAGGCACGAUGGUUCAUGACAAACAACCCAUGUGAUUUUGUUUGUCUUAGGCAUCUCCAUAUGGAGGUUUUAGUGGAUGGUAAUCCAGGUUGUUCAAGUGGGAUUCUUCGUUUGGCUUCCCUUUUGGAACUAACUCCUGUUUUGGAAGUUUUCAAUUUGCAUGUGCUGUUUAAUUCUAACCUGCGGUGCGGUGGUUAUCCGAGGAAGACCUCAGGGCGCAAACUUAGUCAUCUCGAGAGGGUAUACAUGUCAGGAUUUGCUGAUGUUCGUGGCCAGUUGGAGCUGGCUCGGUAUAUCCUCGAGCACGCCACCGCUCUGGAGCGCAUGGUCAUCGAUCCCGGUGUGAAGAAGACUCAUUUUGGCUCUUGUCGUGCGGUGUGGGUCAGGCAACAGCUCGAGGAUCUACUGGCAGGAAACAUGUUUUUUGGCCAGUUUCCAGAGGUCCUAACUGUUUUCAGGACACCUUCAUCAAUGCACCGAUGACCUGAUGGCGGUUCCUCCUGGCUCCUGCUGUGUUGGGCUUUUUUUUCAAUUGUAAAACCAGCCUUGUGUGUCGAGUUGCAAGUGUGAUGUUAACAACUGAUAGGCUAUUAUGUUAUUAAGAUAGUGUAUUUAACGUGAA